CACCAUGGCACCCUUCCUGCGUAUCACCUUCAAUGCUUAUGAUGUGGGCGUUCUGCCUCCUCAGUCUGACACUCCCAUCUGUGCCAUCAAGAUGAAGGAGUCUGUCAACACAGAGCGAGGCAAGACCCUGGUCCAGAGGAAGCCCACCAUGUAUCCAGCUUGGAAGUCCAGUUUUGAUGCUCACAUCUAUGAGGGGCGUGUCCUAGAAGUGAUCCUCAUGCAAAGUAAUGAGGAGCCAUUGGCCAAGGCUACAGUUGGCGUGUCUGUACUGGCAGAACGCUGUAAGAAAUCCAAGACCACUGGCCGUGUCGAGUUCUGGAUGGACCUGCAACCUUCUGGGAGGGUCCAGAUGGUUGUGCAGUUCUUCCUGGAGGACAGUGAUGCAGCGGCAUCACAGCCAUCAGUGAAGGUUUCUCCUGAAGAUGGAUUCACAACCCUCAACAGAAGGAGAGGAGCUUUCAAGCAGCCCAAAGUUCACUUCAUCAAAAACCACGAGUUCUGUGCCACCUUCUUUGGCCAGCCCACUUUCUGCUCCGUCUGCAGAGAGUUCCUCUGGGGGCUCAACAAACAAGGUUACAAGUGCAGACAAUGCAAUGCGGCAAUCCACAAGAAAUGCAUCGAAAAAAUCAUUGGAAGGUGCACUGGAACAGCAGCCAACAGUCGAGACACUGUGUUCCAGAAAGAACGCUUCAAGAUUGAUAUGCCGCAUCGCUUCAAGUUCUAUAACUACAAGAGCCCCACCUUCUGUGAUCACUGUGGCAGUCUGCUAUGGGGUCUCUACAAACAGGGCCUUAAAUGUGAAGAUUGCGGCAUGAACACACAUAGUUAUUGUCAGACGAAAGUGGCCAAUCUGUGUGGAAUCAACCAGAAACUACUGGCCGAGGCUCUAUCUCAAGUCAGCCAGAAAUCUAUGAAGAAGUCUGAUCCAAACACGCCUGAUAUUGGGAUCUACCAAGACGUCCCAAGACCAACAGCAGACUCUACUGCAGAUAGCAAUGGCAAGCCUCGCGAAGGUUUGAGCCCAACCCCAGCUCCACGUACAGUUCCCAAAGUACGCCUCACCAUGACCCACCUGGUGUUCCUCAAAGUGCUGGGCAAAGGAAGCUUUGGCAAGGUGCUGUUGGCAGAGCUAAAAGGGCAGGGUCAGUACUUUGCUGUGAAGGUACUGAAGAAGGAUGUCGUUCUCAUGGAUGAUGACGUGGAGUGUACAAUGGUCGAGAAGAGAGUCCUGUCCCUUGCCUGGGAGAACCCCUUCCUCACACACCUCUACUCCACGUUCCAGUCUAAAGAGCAUCUCUUCUUUGUAAUGGAGUACCUGAAUGGAGGUGACUUGAUGUUCCACAUCCAAGACAAAGGCCGCUUUGAUCUCAACAGAGCCACAUUCUAUGCUGCUGAGAUAGUUGUGGGACUGCAGUUCCUCCACUCAAAAGGAAUUAUCUACAGAGAUCUAAAGCUUGACAAUGUCAUGCUGGACAAGGAUGGACACAUAAAGAUCGCAGACUUUGGCAUGUGUAAAGAGAACGUGUUUGGAGAGGUCAGGGCCACCACGUUUUGUGGGACACCGGACUACAUCGCCCCAGAGAUAUUGUUGGGGCAAAAGUAUACCUUCUCAGUGGACUGGUGGUCUUUCGGUGUGCUGGUGUACGAGAUGCUGAUUGGUCAGUCACCUUUCCAAGGCGAUGAUGAGGAUGAGCUAUUUGAGUCCAUCAGAUCUGACACCCCCCACUACCCUCGGUGGCUAACCAAGGAGGCCAAGAACAUGAUUGAACUGUUGUUUGAGCGAGAGCCCAGUCGCAGGUUGGGUAUUGUGGGAGACAUCCGUGCACAUCCAUUCUUCAAAACUAUCAACUGGCCAGCUCUGGAGAGGAGAGAAGUGGACCCCCCUUUCAAGCCAAAAGUGAAAUCCCCCAGUGACUGCAGCAACUUUGACCGAGAGUUUCUGAGCGAGAAACCGCGCCUCUCCCACGCCGACAAGAACCUCAUCGACUCCAUGGACCAGGCAGCGUUCGCUGGCUUUUCCUUCAUCAACCCCAGACUGGAAACCAUGAUAACCAAAUGAAAAGACACAAUGGCUGCCCUGGGAACACGGUCAUAGCCCUGCACUAUGAAAUCAACUCUUAUCCUAUUCCCUUUAUCCUCAUAUGGUCUAAGUUCAACUGGAUGGAUAACAACAACAUAAAAAGCUUUGGGCUUUACAAUGACUUCUUGAAUUUGUCUUAUCGGAGAAUAAGAUGAUACCAGGAUGUUUGAUAGGCACCUAAAUGAAUGAUCCUGUCUCAGCUGUCAAACCGUGUAGGUGUAAAAAGGAGUAAUACACUCCAGGAAAUUAAGGGAGAUACUUAAGAUACCAGCGUUACCAUAGUCAAUGCUGAAGGAGGAUAGUCAAUAAUGCAUUCUGUCUUUUUUUAUUUUAAAUUGUAAAAAUGUUUCUUUGUGAUCACACCUUGAGUCUAUACAAAUCAUCAAAUGUACUGUAUCCUCUAAUUUAAACUCACAGGCACAAGCAUGUUGCCCUCAUUUAGUUACACACAUAUAUACUGUAUAUACAUGCAU